UGCCGCGCGACUCCUGUGGGUCCCACGGCGAAUUGUCACAAUCUCUCUCUCUCUCUCUCUCUCACAAAAACCAGCGAUGGCGUUCGGACCCUCCCGCGUACGGAGCCUGCCUUCCCCGCCCGGCGGAGACGACGGCAUCAUCCGCCUAUCGAGAUCAGCGGCAGCGCCGCCUCAGCCACCCUGGCCCAUCUUCCUCCAAGAAAGCCCCCGCCGCCGCCGAGGACGUAGGAGCGGGGGCUAGAUGGCGAGGAGACGGAAAGCCCGCGGGGCGUCGAGGUGCGGCCGUCGGGGGCCGCCCCGACGAGGGCCUCUGUGGGAAGAAGCUCUUGGCGGAGCUCGGAGGUCUUGGGGCACGGGCGGGGAUAGGAGAGGGGACGCCGAAGGCUCCUCGGGAACUCAGUAGAUCUUCGUGGUGUCGCUUGCGCCAAUGCCCGAUUCUUGAUUCGUCGGCAAGAACUGGUACGCAACAUUCUUUGCCCUAGUUUCUGAUGUAAUCAUCGGCAAGAACGGCUACCUCGCCAAAGAAUUCAUCGGCGAGAACUGGUUCGCGAAAUCUUUGCCCUAGUUUCUAAUGUAGAAGUCAUCUCUCCGUACGAUCAAAACUGGGAACAAGGCAACUUCGUGGAAGGGAAAGAGAUGGAUCUCUCAAUUCCAGGUUCUUGAUCUCUUGGUUCUUUCUUCGAUUUUUGUGGAGGGAAAGAAAUGUUCUCUUGAUCUUGAAGUUCCUUAUCUUGUUUCAGUUUGAAAGGUUUCUUCCGCUCUUUUUGAUCAAUAGGAUUGGGAACUCAUGGAGGUUUCCAAGGGAGAAGCCAAUCUCACAUCAUAGUUAUCUUUAGAUUCCAUGAAGUUGCUCUCAACUAUGAGCCUAAACCAUCCUUAGUCUUCACUAAAAAUCUUGAUACAAGUCUUGAAUGUAACUAAUUCCACUAAAAUUGAAGCCAAAUCGGAACCAUCGGCACAUUAUUACUCUCUGUUACAAGGAAUAGAACUACUUACUGUUUUGUACCAUUCGAACGGAGCAGGAAAUUCUUAUUGAAGAGGAAGAACUGUUGAUCAAAGUGAUGAUGAAUGGCCUGAAAGUUCUUCUGAUGGCGAGGAAAAAGAAAAAAAAAGGAAUGGUAAGGGGGCAUCGAUCUCGCCACAACCCUGAAUGCACCGAAAAGAAUUGUCAUUACUUACGAUUAUGUUGGAAGAUCCAUGCUGCAGGGUUUUUACGAGAGGAGCUGAUGCAGCAAUCCAAGGAAAAUAAGAGAGGAACUGUGCAGUUGAAGAAUUAUUACGAGAGCGUUCUCUUGUGAAGAAGUAUGAGGCAUCUUCGUUUCAGACAGUAUCGGCUCAUAUUGGCUGGAGGAGGAGAUGAUGAUGAACUUCAAGACUUGUAUUUCCAGAAAAUUCAAUUAAAGUUGCACAGUGAAACUUAAUGAUGGAUGGAUUUUUCAUUAGUGCAAAUACAAAGAAGUUGUUCCCCUCGGAGUGCUCAUUGUUUAAGGGAAGGGCACGAUCGAUGAUGGAUGGGCUCAGAUAUGUCUUGCAUGCAAUUUUGGAUGACGUGCUGAUAAUGUCCGGAUCUCAUUAACAACAAAGCUCAUGGAUUCCCGGUGGAGGGGGGGGAUGGCGUAUGACCGGGGCCAGGGAUGUGGAACCCACGGGUGGGACCCAUCUCAUCAAUCCGAGGUGGGAUCCUCUACAACCAUCCGUGCCCCCGCCAACCAGCAAAUUGAAGACAGCAGAGAUGGGGAUGGGACAAGAAUUGGAAGGGAUCCAUGCUAGCCCUCCUUCGGAACCGUCUGUCAUCUCCGACCCCCUCAAUGAAACAAACGAAAUCGACGACACUGACAUGAAGAUGGGAGGAGCCGACGUGAGGAAGGGGCUCAUCGUGCCGGUCGCCGGCGAUGAGGAGACACCGACGACGAAGGCGCCCGUGGCCUCCGCGCCCAAGGACUUGUUCCACGUCGCCUACGCCGUGUACUUCACCCUGGGUGCGGGGUUCCUCCUGGCGUGGAACGCCUUCAUCACCGCCGUGGACUACUUCAGCUACCUCUACCCGGGUGCCCCCGUCGACCGCGUCUUCUCCGUGGCCUACAUGGUCAUUGGCCUCCUCCUCCUCGCCGUCAUCGUCUUAUGGGCCCGCCGCUCCAGCGCUCACCUCCGCGUCAACGCUGGCCUCGCCCUCUUCAUCGCCGCCCUCCUCGUCGUCCCCGUCAUGGAUGCCGCCUACGUCAGGGGCAAGCAGGGGCGCUACGCCGCCUUCGACGUCACCGUUGGCGCAGUGGUCCUCUCCGGCAUCGCCGACGCCCUCGUGCAGAGCGGCGUCAUCGGAUCCGCUGGGGAGCUCCCCGAGAGGUACAUGCAGGCCGUCGUAGCCGGCACCGCCGCAUCCGGGGUGCUUGCUUCAACUAUGAGAGUCAUCACCAAAGCCAUCUACCCACGGGAUGCCCAUGGGCUAAGGAAAAGCGCAAUUCUGUACUUCACCGUGGGCAUUGUGAUGAUGGUGAUCAAUAUCGUCUGCUACAACAUGGCGGACAGGCUUCCUGUCGUCCGAUACUACAGACACAUCAAGCUACAGGCAAUGGAAGACGAGAGGAACGAGAGAGGCCCCACGAGCGGGUCUGCACUGGGGUCAACCCUGUGGCAGAUCACGGGGAGGAUCAGAUGGAUUGGGCUUGGAAUCUUCCUCACCUAUGCUGUGACACUAUCCAUAUUCCCGGGAUAUAUCACGGAGGAUGUUCACUCCGAGUUGCUCAAGGACUGGUAUCCCAUCAUGCUCAUCGCCGGAUACAACGUGUUUGAUCUUGUAGGUAAGUCUCUGACGGCGGUCUACCUCGUUGAGAAUGCCAACGUUGCGGUAUCUUGCUGCGUCGCAAGGCUUCUCUUCUACCCACUUUUUGUUGGUUGCUUGCGUGGCCCCAAGUUCUUCCGCACGGAAGUCCCGGUCACCGUUUUGACAUGCCUCCUGGGGCUAACCAAUGGGUAUUUGACUUCAGUGCUGAUGAUAAUGGCACCCAAGUCCGUGCCGAUACAGCAUUCAGAGACGGCAGGGAUUGUCAGUGUAUUGUUCCUAGCAAUUGGCCUGUCUUUUGGGUCAAUAGUUUCUUGGUUUUGGGUCAUUUAGGUGCAGUUUUUACUCACGUAAACAAGCUACUGCUAUAUAGUGUAAUGUACCAAUGUCCGCAAGAACGAUGCCUUUAUACGCUUUCUUGCUUCUAUUUAACCAUGGCAAUCGACAUGCAUUUCUGCUUA